AACUCGGCGCGCGCUCUUGCGUUUGCGCGAAAUCCUAAAUAAUAAAUAUUGCAAUUUUCAAUUCGCAAAUUCGAAACUCAGCAAACGAGAAAUUAUAUUAAUUAUUUGUACUUCCAGAAUCAGUGUUAAACCGAGAGUUUUAUUCAUAAACCGACAAUAUUAUUUUCUCUUUCAUAAGUCAUAACCACAUUUUUCCAACUUUUAUGUAAAACAUUUACCUGAUUAUUGCUUCGUAGUGUUAAAAAUAACAAGAUAUUAAUUUUCUUGUAUAUUAAUUAUAAAUGGCUAAACAAGUAGCAGAAGUGGAAAUCCACGCGAGUGAGUCACUUAAGAAUGAUGCUGAUGACUUAGACAUAAGCGUUGAUUUAAUCGAUGAUGGGCUUUUUUUGGGUAACCUAGCGUGUGCCAGAGACCACAAGACACUUGAGAAGUUGAAGAUAACACACAUUCUUACACUGGAUCUAGUUCCACUUCCUCGAACAGUACUUGAUCGUCACACCCUUACAUUCAAGUUUGUACAAUUGGCCGAUAUACCAAAAGAAGAUUUGAUUACUCAGCUACCAAGCUGCAAUGAGUUUAUCAAAGAGGCUAUUGCAAAUGGAGGAACUGUGCUUGUCCAUUGCUACUUUGGUGUAUCAAGAUCAGCAGCCAUUGUUAUUGGGUACAUUAUGGAGAAAUAUUCUCUUUGCUAUGAAGAUGCUUUUGUCCUUGUAAAAAGCAAGCGGAGGUUUAUUGGACCAAAUGUGGGAUUUGUAGCUCAACUGAAGUUAUUUGGACAUAUGGGAUAUCAGUUAAACAGGGAUGAUCCGAGGUUUAAGCAGUUCAGAUUAAAAAUGGCAGGACAGAAAUUAAAACAAGUAAAAAUCCUGCCGCAGCUAUUUGCGGAUUUGGUAAAGCCGGAUCCAGGUCUUGUUCGAGAGCGGCCGGAUCCCAUCGUGUACAGGUGUAAAAAAUGUCGUCGAAUAGUGGCCGGACAAAGCAAUAUUAUACCACAUAUACCCAAACAGGUAAAAAUAGAAUUAGCCAAAAAGGGAAUGCGGCCUCCUCCCAGUACUCUAACAGGACUCACGUGUGCCGAGAAUGGGCAACUGCUGAUUGACAAACUUAAGAGCCUCGCUUGCCAGAUCAUUGAGGAUAAAGACUGUGGGGUCACAGUGCAUGACGAUGGACCAAGCCAGGUGCUGGAUGGUUAUAAUGAGGAGAAUAUGGUAGAUGCAUGUAUAACACGCGCGGACGCGGUAGAGGCGUGUCGUUUGAUGUGGUUUGUGGAGCCCAUGGCCUGGAUGCCAGAUGUCACGCGGGCACCAUCUGGGAAGUUGCACUGCCCCAAGUGCAAUAACAAGAUCGGCAGCUUCAGUUGGCUUAUGGGAUGCAAGUGUCCAUGUGGGCAAAAGGUGGCGCCAGCGUUUUACCUAGUCCCAUCAAAGGUGGAAUGGUCUAAUAUCGUGCAAAAUGUUCAGGUUACACUUUAAAUUGCAACUUGAAAUCUAGUGAACAGAAAAGACUGGUUAUAUAGGCACCGCAAGCGUGCCGCAAGGAUUUUGCGUGUCGUUGAACAAAAUAGAUGAAUAGUAUAACAUUCGACCAAUGACCCUUCUAUUAUAAUUUUUAUUUAGGUGCAGGUACCGGCAAACAUCUUGAACAAAUGUCCUUGGCAUCGCGAGGGGUGGGGGGUCGACGGGAGAGUGACGUGUCGAUCGCGUUAUUGGUAAAUCAGUUGACGUCUGUGUCCCGCGUUUCGUCCACGUUGCUUUGCCUCCUAAGUGCACUGAAUUAUUAUUUAUAUGAAUAUAUUUAUGUAUAAUUACACGCGUGCAGUGAAUUAAAUCGCACUUGGCUGGUUUUUUUUAAUCAUAAAUUUAUUAUUUAUUAUAUUAAACAACUCACAAUAAUAUCUGAUAACUAACAAUUUACGUAAAAAGUAUUCUACAGAAAUAAAAUAAUUAGACACUUUUUUGCUUGUGUGUGUGUACGAUGUGCACGACUCCCUUUUUUAAUAUUUAUUAAAUAUAAUGGUCAAGAAGUUUGCCGGUAUCUGUUGCCAAAUUGUAUCUCUCCGUGUCGAACAUAAUUUCCUAUCUGGUUCAAUAAUGUUAUUUAAAUUAUGUAUGUAUGUUCGUCUGUUUAUUUUUACCAACCAAUGAAGCAUAUUAUUUAAUGUGUUGUGGCCGAGCGAUGCUCAAUUUUAUACAUAAUUAUAUUGAUAUGAAUUUGUGACUUCGUUGCAUUAAUCAAUAUAAUUAGAUUAGAGCAACGGCUGGCUUUCAAGCGAUUUCUUUCACAAGUGCAAAACUUCUAAAGAUAUAUGGAUAUGGGGAUACGAUGU